AUGUACAAGCUUCUGGUCCUUGCCGCUUUGAUUGCCUGCGCUGCUGCCAAGCCUGGCGUGGUGGCGCCACUGGCUGCCGCACCAUUUGCCUAUGCAAAUGCUCCACUCUACGCCGCCGGUGGUGGCAGCAGCCAAGUCGAUGUGCGCCACAACUUUGAUGGCACUCAAUCCAGCUACACCACAGCGCCCUUUGACUUCAACGCUCCUCACUACUCCAGCCGCUAUGUGUCGGGCAUUCCAGCUGCUCCAGCCUUCGCAGCCGCCUCACCCUAUGUUGCCGCACCCUUUGCCAGCCCCUAUGCUGCUCCCUACAGCUUUGGCGGCCACUUGGCUGCACCCUACGCUGCGCCCUACGUUGCCGCGCCCUUCGCCGCUCCAUUGGGCUUCGCUCCUCAUGCUGCGCCUUUGGCUUUCGCUGCUCCGUCUAAGUUUGGCUUUGCCGCUCCAGUUGCUGCUCCUCUGCACGCUCCUCUGGCUGCUCCACUCCACGCUCAUUUGGCUGGUCCAGUGCACGCUCCUCUGGCCGCUCCUCUGCACGCUCAUAAGUUUGCGCCAGCUCCUUACUUCUUCUAA